AUGUUCGUUAGAUCAUCUUGGUUAUUACUAUGGGGCAGUAUUGCGUGGGCUUCCGCCGAGCCGGUCACCCUUCACAUCGGUGGAACGUUCCCGAUGGAAUCUGGUUCCGGAGGUUGGGCAGGCGGAGAAGCAUGCCUUCCGGCGGUACAAAUGGCAUUGGAGGAUGUUAACAAUAGAUUAGAUAUACUACCCGGAUAUGUUCUCAAUAUGACGAACCAUAACUCUCAAUGCCAACCAGGAUGUAGUCCGGUUACUACUGUAAUUGCGGAAGCUGCUCCCGUAUGGAAACUUGUUGUGUUAUCAUAUGGCGGUAGCUCUCCUGCAUUGUCUAACAGAAAUCGGUUUCCCACAUUAUUCCGAACACAUCCAUCAGCCAACAUGCAGAACCCUACCAGAAUUCAUAUUAUGGAGAAAUUCAAAUGGAAAAGGUUUACAAUUCUGAUGUCAGUAGAAGAAGUUUUCGUCACUACCGCCAAAGACCUAGAGGCUCUUGCAAGGAAAAAAGGAAUUAGAGUGGAUCGUCAAAGUUUCUAUGGUGACCCAACCGACGCCAUGAAAACUCUACAACGCCAAGAUGCUAGAAUAAUAGUUGGAUUGUUUUACGUUACAGAAGCAAGAAAAGUUUUGUGUCAGGCAUACCAUAACGGAUUGUAUGGGCGUCGGUAUGUUUGGUUUUUCAUUGGUUGGUAUGCGGACACAUGGUAUUACCCACCACCAGAAGAGCAUCUGAACUGUACUGCAGAACAGAUGGCAGCUGCUGCGGAAUACCAUUUCACAACUGAAAGUGUUAUGUUAUCAAGAGACAAAGUACCAGCGAUUUCUGACAUGACUGGUAUGCAAUUCCAAGAACGUCUCACUCAACAUUUUCAAAAAGACACCGCAAAUGUGGGAGGUUUCCCAGAAGCUCCACUUGCCUACGAUGCUGUUUGGGCACUCGCGUUGGCAUUUAAUUGCACUCGAAACAACUUACCACCGCAUAUUCGAUUGGAAAACUUUUCAUAUGAUAACAAAGUGAUAGCUGACACUUUGUUUCAAUGUGUAAAAAACACUUCAUUCCGUGGAGUUUCUGGAAAAGUUAUGUUUUCUGAUUCCGGAGAUCGUAUUGCAAGAACACAAAUUGAGCAGAUGCAAGGAGGGAAAUACAAAAUAAUGGGAUACUAUGACACAACAACUGGAGACUUGGAGUGGUAUAACAAAGAGCAGUGGAUGAAUGGAAGAGGUCCACCGCCAGAUUCAACAGUAAUCAAGAAACACGCAAUGACAGUUUCCAACGAGUUCUAUUAUCCAACAAUACUGUUCUCGGUUCUCGGAAUAUUGGCUUGUAUCCUUAUAUACGUAUUCACUCAAAAACAUCACGAACGAUUAGUAAUUUUCCAAUCUCAACCAGAAUGCAAUAACAUUCUCCUUGUCGGGUGCUCUCUUUGUCUUUUUUCUCUUUUCCUCAUCGGACUACCGUCUGAUGACAUCUCAGUUCCAGAAUCUCUAUUUCCAUUCCUUUGUCAUGCUCGUGUAUCUAUUCUUCUAUUUGGGUUUACAUUUGCUUAUGGGUCUAUGUUUGCAAAAGUUUGGAUUGUCCAUCGGAUGGGUGCAACUGAGAAUCAACAGUUGGCUAGUAGACAGAAAGACGAGGAAGAAAACACACCGUGGGAAGGUAUUCGAACCUUGAUAUCCACGAUGGUCGGUCGACAAGCUCUAAUGCGCAAAUCGUCGGGACAAGCGUACGGCGCACUGCUCGAGAAACGGAACACGGUUCUUAAUCAGCCAAUUUCCCCAACGAAGUUCUACGUAAUAGUCGCAGCUCUAACAGCUGUUGACGUAUUCGUAUGCUUUGUAUGGAUUCUCAUUGACCCAUUACAUCUGACAGAGCAGAAAUUUCCUCUUUUUACGCCCGCUGAUAGUGAAGAAGAUGAAAUGAUAAUGCCAGUCUUGCAACAAUGUCAGAGUAAUCAACAAGAAGUUUGGAUAGGCAUCAUAAUGGGUUUCAAAUGUCUUCUUUUGGUCUUUGGAACUUUUUUGUCUUAUGAAACAAGGAAUCUGAAGCUGCGUUUUAUCAAUGACUCAAGAUUUGUUGGACUAGCAAUUUACAAUGUGGCCGUUAUGACAUUAGUAACAGCACCAGUUGUGACACUUCUGAUUCAUGGAAAAGUUGACGCUAACUUUGCAUUCAUAUCUCUAACUGUGCUAAUAUGUACCUACAUUUCGGUGGGACUAAUAUACGGCCCUAAGAUCCGUCAUAUUAUAAAAGUUCCACCAAGUGCAGAUGAAGUACAGCAGAACGGAAACGUUGGUCCUGCGAUUAUGUCAAAAAUAGAUCAGAAAAGAUACGACAUGCUGAAAAAAGAGAAUGAGACACUGCAGAAACAAAUUGAAGAGAAAGAACGAAAAAUUCACGAGUGUCGAGAACGUUUGGAAGCAUUGACAACUAGUUCAGAAACGGACGAUAUGAAUGCUCAAUUGCUCAAUGGGAAUAACAAACCGCUGGCAGACGAGAACAUGACAUACUCCACGGCAACAACGCUAACGACAACAAUUCCAUUAAUAGAUUUACAACUGAAUGGAAAUCCGGGUCAAAUAUAUGAGACUGAAAACGACGAUGAUCGCUCGUCGACGUCAUCUGAUGAAAUCCUUUUAUGA